GCUUGCCGACACGACCCUCGCGCUCACAUCCUCCUUUCCUCCCCCACCGACGCCCAAUGACUACGGUGGCAGGACGCAAAAAGUCCAUCGUCUCCAGCGGCGGCGUCAUCCUUGACAUGGCCCCGCCCGUUGCCAACAACAACGUCCUCAAUAAGGCCGCAUCCGCCUCCCUCUACCAGCGAUGCGCCGCCCUCAGAGCUGCGCUCCUCCGCGUCCGCGACUUCCCUCCCUACUUCGCUAUCGGCGCUCAGCCCGAAUCUUCUCGCAAAUCCACCGACCCGGUCACCCAGCUAUGGGAUUGCUUCGCGACCGGCAUCCCCCUCUGUUACCUCUUCAACCUCCUCCCACACAUCGAGAAACGAAUCGAGUGCGAUACCGACAUUGCCAAAUUCGAUAACGCUGAGCGUACGAAGAAGCAUGCGGUCGCCAAGUUUAUCAUCGCGACUCAGAAGAUGUCCCCUGUCGGCCUUACGGUCACGGACUUCGUCGACCGCAACUCGACGGACGGCUUUGUCAAGGUCAUCGAAGUUGCUGAGAUGAUAGUCGAGCGAUUGCCUUCCUCCGUCUAUGUAGAAUCACCCCCCUCACCCCCGCCCUCCAUGUCGACCUACGAAUCCACGGAAUCACUCGCUUCCUCAGACGGCACUCCGGUCAUGCCACCGGCAUCGACACCGCAAGAGGCUGCUAGGAACAACAUCCUCAUGGAGAUGCUCGUCACUGAGCGCAAGUAUGUGCAGGACCUGGAAGUCAUGCAGAAAUACGCCGAAGCGCUCGCCCAAAGCAGCACGCUGGACAAAGAUACCAUACAUCUCUUGUUCCCGAACUUGAACAAGCUGCUCAACUUCCAGCGCCGAUUUCUCAUCCGCUUCGAGGGAACCGCCGACAUGCCGUGGAAAGAGCAACAUUGGGGGCAGCACUUCCUUGAAUGCGAGGAAGAGUUCGCUGUCUACGAGCCGUACUGCGCCAACUACAACAACGCAUCGGAUCUUAUGGUCUUAAUGGAGUCGGUCCUCAGCUCCCAGAACCAUCUGAUCAACGCAAGGUCGGAACUGCCGGCCUUCUUGAUCAAACCCGUGCAACGAAUUUGCAAAUACCCCCUGCUCCUUGAUUCACUUAUCAAGGCAGCCGGCGAUUAUCCACUGCUUGACGAGCUGAAGGAGGGAUUGGCAGCCGCUAAGCGGAUCACCGACAAGAUCAAUGAGGCGCAGCGCCGUGCUGAGAAUGUGCAGACUGUGAAGAAUCUCGAGGGUCGUGUCGCAGACUGGAAGGGUCACAAUUUGUCCAAUUUCGGGGAGCUCCUCCUUGAGGACAUCUUCAUGGUCAACAAGUCGGACGUGGACCGGGAAUAUCACGUCUUUCUGUUCGAGAAGAUCAUCCUCUGCUGCAAGGAGCUCGCUCCCCCUACGCCCAACCUAAAGAAGGUUGGAAAGAGCAACUCCAUCCUCAAGAAGCAGCUCGCGCCCCCACCACUUCAGCUGCCUGGAGGCGUCGGUGCGACGAAGAAGAAGGACACGCCUCUUCUGCUCAAGGGUCGGAUCUUCAUCAACAAUGUCACCCAGGCGGUGCCGAACACAAAGAACGGUUAUUCCCUUGCCGUCUGGUGGUCUGGCGAAGACGACGUUGAAUUUUUCACGCUUCGUUGCAGGACGGAGGAGCAGCUGAAGCAAUGGGAAGCUGCGAUCAACCGCUUGAUCGGCGACGUUGCGAAAAGACGUGCCACGACCGAGCGCCAAAGCUUCGCGCGCGGCUCUGCCAAUGCUACCCCGAACAGCACCAACCCUUCGCCGUAUCCCCGCAACCCUUUCGACCGAUCGACAUCGGGAUAUGGAUCAUUCAACGGCGCACGGGUUGCUUCGUCAUACCAGGACGAAUACACAAUCAGCCCAGCGAAUGGGGCCGGGCCGCAGGGCUACCCCCAAAACGCCUUUGAAAUGGAGCACGACGACGAAUUUGAAGACUACCCACCGGCGACGUCAGGUCGCGGCACUCCUGUAGCAAACAGGCGCGGAGCUCGAACGCCCGGACCCUUCGACGAAGACGGCAGCUCAUUCAGAACGAGCAAUUACGGUGCCAGGGGCUAUCCUGCACACCCGCCCGUGAAUGGCCUUCCGGCGGCACCAGCGCUGCAAAGACCAAUCAUGUCGCGCCUUUCUUCUACUGCGAGCGGUGCCAGUGGUGCUAGCUACAGCUCGGAAGUGAGCUUCGGGACCAUGCCUGCACGGCCACCGACGCUUCGCAGUCAGUUUAGCUCGAACCGACUGCGCAGCGCAUACGAUCGCUCGGAUCCACGCUCGAGUGCGACGCCGGUGCCGAUGACACCAGGUCUACCGAAUGGCCCGGCUCGCUCACGGAGUGCCAGCCAACCGAGCGCAUACAUUCCGAAGCAGCAACCGCCGCCGCUACCGACUGCCGCGGGGCCAUGGGCGGCUCGCGAGGGGACGUCGAUCGAGCGCAAGCGGGGAAGUGGAUCGAGCCAGUCGACCGGCGACAGCUCAGAUUACUCGCCUCACAGCUCAUCGCCGAUCACCCCGUACGGAUCCAGCGAUUCCUCGCUUGGUGGUUCUGUGCGUGGCUCCAACUCAUCGGACAAGCCGGGUUCUCUCGCAACAGCAGCGGUGCCUGUGAAGGUGAAGGUGCACUUCCACGAGGACAUCUUCGUUAUUCAGGUGCCGAGGUCGACGGAGUACAAUGAGCUCGUCGAGAAGGUCGGCAAGAAGAUUCGCUUGUGCGGACCCCGCCGCGAUGACGGGCCGCUCCGGGUGAAGUAUCGCGACGAGGACGGUGACAUGGUAUCACUGGGUUCGACCGAGGACGUUCAAAUGGCGUUCGAAGCUUUCCGACCAGGAGGCCAAGUCACCCUCUACGUCCAAUAGACGAUUCUCGCCUUGCAUCUGAUCCACCUUGCUGCAUCUCCUCCACUUCCUUCCAUCCCACGUCUCCGCUGCCCGUAGCAUUGCAUCGUACGCCCGCCCACCACAUUAUCCAGGAACCCCACCCCAGCCGCACAUUCUCUUUGGUUAUGUAUUAUCUCUAUCAUUCUGACGGAUCCGGCUUCGGCAUUUCGAGUUGGACUGAUGGAUUAAUUUCACUGGUCGUUCUUUACGAUAUCUCCCCCGCCUUGGUGUCUACAUUCACUCCUUCGCUCUCUCUCUCCUCCCUUAGCUCUCUCAGGAUUGUUCACAUUCGUCAUAAAC